AAGAUAUGCAAACAUCAUUUUAAUUAUUGUUUUAUCCAAUGUAUCCUGAUUUCUUAGAAUUGUACAAUUUGAAAUGACUGUGGAUAUGUUAAAACAAUGUAAUCCAGAAUUAAAUAACCAUAAUGAGUUCAAAUGUAUGCACACAAACUAUCACUCUUACUUCAGGAACAGGUACCACAGUGAGUAAAAUUGAAUGUGUAUAACUUGUGAACACACACACUGUACACUUAAAAAAAAAAAAAAAAAAAGCCCUGCAGCUGCUACUGUGCCUGAGAGCAACUACUGCAGUCUGUACCAGGCAACCAGUCAGUUCUCUGGGAGAAAGGUAGUCUACUCUUGUGCUUUUUACAGUGGCAUCUGAUCCUGCAUACUCAUAACCAAAGCCCCUCUGAUACGUGUCGAAGGAAAUGUCAGGGCCAACAGAGGAACUUGCAAACAACUCCUUUGCGGCCCGGUUGUCCAAUGUUUACCUCAGCAUCUUGGCACUGUUCUGCUUUAAGCUCUUCAUUAAGGUGUCUCUUAACUUGCUGACAUACUUCUACAUUGUCCGUGGGAACCGUAAAGAGGCUGCCAGGAUAUCAGCUGAGUUCUAUGAAUAUGGACGACACAUAUCCUGGGUGGACCGAUCCCCCCUCCACGAUGCUGCGAGUCAGGGCCGCCUCCUGGCUCUGAGGAAUCUCAUUUUACAGGGUCACAAUGUGAAUGCUCUGACUAUAGACCAUGUGACACCCCUUCAUGAGGCCUGUGUUGGAGACCAUGGCGCUUGUGCAAGAGCUCUCAUUGAAGCAGGGGCAAAUGUCAAUGCUUUUACAAUUGAUGGAGUCACACCGCUGUUCAAUGCCUGUUCAGUGGGCAGUGUGGCAUGCACUGAAAUUCUUCUGCAAAAUGGAGCAAAUCCCCAGAGCCUUAUAUACAAUCCAUCACCAAUCCAUGAGGCUACAAGCAAAGGGCAUUACGGCUGUGUUGAGGCUCUGGUGACUUGGGGGGCAGAUGUGGACAUGCACAUUCCUCACCUGGGCACAGCGCUCUAUACGGCCUGCGUCUGCCAAGAGCUGGAGUGUGCCUGGAAACUCCUGAGGGAAGGUGCAAGUGUACAGAAAGGCAAAUACCUGGAUUCCCCCUUACAUGCAGCUGCAGAAAAAGACUGCACAGCUGUGGUGAAGCUGCUGCUGGAGUUUGGUGCAGACAUUAAUGCCAGGAACUCAGAUUGUCAGAGGCCAGUAGACGUGGCUCCACCCAGCAGUCGAACAGAGCGAUUCCUACUGAUAUGCGAAGCUACGCCUCGACUGCUGGGCCAGAUGUGUCGUCUGUGCAUCAGGGACUGCGUGGGUUGUGACAGACUCCAUCUUCUCUCCAACCUUCCCCUGCCUUAUAGACUCAGGAACUACCUGCAGUACAAAUGACAGGCAGUCAAAAUGGGACUUGCAGAAAAGAGCCUUUGUCAUUGAGUGCAAAUUAACUCUCCCUACCUUUAAUUUUAGCUAGCAGUUAAUUAGUCACUGAGUAUCUGGCAGUACCAAGCUGUGUCGAGCUAGCCUGCCUAUAUGUGCUUGUGGAACUGGAUCAAUGUAAAGCAGGGGGUUAAAAGAGUCCGUGGCUUAACCUUCCCUGGAUACAUUAUGGUUAAAAGGUAUUAUUUCACAUGUAGGUCUGCCGUGAAGAUGCCCUAAUAGUUGCAAUAGCUACCAGGGAGUGAUGCACUUUUGAAACUUUACAUGAUAAUAUGAUGUCGGAUAAAGACAUAAUGUGAGUGAGUAUUCAUAGGUAGGCAUUUGAUAUAUAAUGCAUUGCACACUACUAGAAGAUUAACAUGUUUCUGAAACCUGGUGCAUUCCUAAAUAAAUGAUGUGUUUUAGUCUGUGUUGUUAAUGCGGUCUGACUUAGAGGGGCAGUGUGGGAGAAUUAAUAAUGCAAACAUUUUUGAAAACAAAAAUAGUUGACAUGUCUAAGCCUGGAUUACUGAGUAGUGACAACUGGAGGGGGCUUACUUUUUGUUGAGCCCCAAAUGGAAAAUGAGGGAGUGGAUCAGCAAAAAUGUCUAGUGCUGAGACAAUAGCUAGUGCCACAAUUAAAUAAAGCUGAAUAAAGGAGCAGCAUGAAAACACUUUUCAUAAUAUUGAGCUGAG